AUGGCUGUUGCUGCGGGCACUGGAGGGCUCAUGGGUCGGACCGUUAUGGGGCAGGCUGGUAUGGGGCAGGGCGUUAUGGGCCAGGCUGGUACGGGGCAGGGCGUUAUGGGUCAGAGCGUUAUGGGGCAGGCUGGUAUGGGGCAGAGCGUUAUGGGGCAGGCUGGUAUGGGGCAGAGCGUUAUGGGGCAGGGGGUGCAGGGGUCGCAAGGCAGGCAAACGAUUGCUUCUGCUGCUGUGCAAGGGGGAACAGGUGGAAACCAGCAGCAGCAGCAGCAGCAGCAGCAGCAGCAGCAGCAGCAGCAGCAGCAGCAGCAGCAGCAGCAGCAGCAGCAGCAGCAGCAGCAGCAGCAGCAGCAGCAGCAGCAGCAGCUUUUGUUACAGAUUCAGAGGCAAAGACAGAUGCAGCAGAUGCAGCAGCAGCUUCAGCAACAGCAGCAGCAGCACCAGCAGCAGAAAUUUCAACAACAGCAACAGCAACAACAGCAGCAGAAAGGGCAGCAGCAGCAGUCGCAGCAGCAACAGAAACUGCAACAACAGCAGCAACAGCAGCAACAGCAGCAACAGCAGCAACAGCAGCAACAGCAACAGCAACAGCAACAGCAACAGCAACAGCAACAGCAACAGCAGCAGCAGCAGCGGCAGCAACAGCAACAGCAACAGCAACAGCAACAGCAACAGCAACAGCAACAGCAACAGCAACAGCAACAGCAACAGCAACAGCAACAGCAACAGCAACAGCAGCAACAGCAGCAGCAGCACCAACAGCAGCAGCAGCAUCAGCAGCAACUGCAACAACAGCAGAAGCAGCAGCAGAAGCAACAGCAGCAGCAGCAGCUAUUGCACCAGGCACAGCAACAGCAUUCGAGCCCACAGCAGCAACAGCUUUCACAGCAGCAGCAGCAGCAGCAGCAGCAGCAGCAGCAGCAACAACAACAAUAUCAGCAACAACAGCAGCUUUUGCUUCUGCAGCAACGCCAUCAGCAACUCAAGCAACAGCAGCAGCAGCAACUGUUGCAGCAACAGCAGCGUCAAUUACAGGAGCAAUUGCAGCAACAGCAACAGCAGCACCAGUUACAGCAGCAACUGCAGCAGCAGCAGCAGGAAUUGCUGAAGAAGCAGCAGCAGCAGCAGCAGCAGCAGCAGUUACAAGGAUUGCAGCAGCAGCAGCAACAGCAAGAGCCCGAGCAAACAGGCAAGAAAGCACAGGCAAAGAAGAAGCAAACUGAGAGACAGAGGAAGAAACAGCAGCAGCAGCAGCAGCAGCAACAGCAGCUGGAACAGCAGCAGGGCAAGAAAGAGCAGCAACAGCAGCAGCCACCACAGCAGCAGCAGCAGCAGCAGCACAGCAGCAGCAGCAGCAGCAGCAGCAGCAGGAGCAAUCAAAGAAGGAGCAAGAGGACGAGGCGUCUCAAGUUCAGCCCAACGGGUUCACCAAAGCCCAGGGAUCAGCAGCUGCCUCCAGAGAUUCUCAGCUCGAUCACUCCUCCCCCGCUGCCAACCAACCUUAGACGCGCACAGCCUGCUGUCGCUGCUGCCACUCCUGCUACUGCUGCUGCUGUUACUGCCGCCACUGCCACUGCUGCCACUGCUGCCACUGCUGCCACUGCUGCCACUGCUGCCACUGCUGCUGCCGCUGCCACUGCUGCUGCUGCUUCUGCAUCUGUUGCUGCUGCAGGUUCAGCUGCUGGAGCUGCUGGCACUGGUGGUCGUGCUGUGGGUGCUGGCACUUCUGGUAGUGCUGCUGGUAAUGCUGCUGGUAGUGCUGCUGGUAGUGCUGCUGGCAUGGGCGUAAAGGGCGUGGGGGCAGCAGUGGCUACCACAGCAGUGGCACAAGGAGGAGAUGGUGUUGUAAAGGGGGUGACUGUAGGUGGUGGCUUGCCAGGUGUAAUGGCUGGGACUGGCUCUGUAUCUGCUACCACAGGAACGACUGGUGCUGCUGGCGCAACUGCUACUGCUACUGCUGCUGCUGCUGCUGCUGCAUUGAUGAGGCAAGCAGCACAGAAGCAGCAGCAGCAGCAGCAGAAGCAGCAACAGAAGCAACGGCAGAAGGGCGUUCAGGCACAAGCACAAGCAGCCACCACUGCAGCUGCUGAUGCUUCUGCUUUGGCUUCAGCUUCAGGUGCCGCUGCUUCUGCUCCGGCUGCUACUCCUCCUGCUGCUUCUCCUGCUGCCACCGCGACUGUUGCUGCUGCCUCAGGCAGCGGCCUUCCUGCAGCCAGUGCAACUGCCCCAGCUGCAGUAGCUUCUACAGCAGGGGGUUCUGCUGCUACAGCUGCUGCUGCUGCUGCUGCUACAGCUGCUGCUGCUGCUGCUACAGCAGGUAGGGUGAUUGGGCGAGGAGGGCGGGUGCUUCUGACAGACGAGGAGAGGAAGCAGCGGAAGGCAGACGCCAAGAAACGGAGGAGGAAGGAGCUUAGGGAACAGAGGCUGCUGCUGCAGCAGCAGGAGAAAGAGAAGAAGCAGAAGGAGGAGGAGGAGCGGAAGAGGAAGGAGGGGGGAGAAGGUGGGGAGAAACAGCCGGCAAAGGUGGGGGGAGGGGAGGGAGAAGGGAAGGGUAAGGGAAAGGGAGACAAGGAGCAGGUGGGUUCGCAGGGAGGGGGUUCUCAAGUGCUUGCUGCUGCAGCCACUGCAGGCAAGCAGCAGCAGCAGCAGCAGCAGCAGCAGCAGCAGCAGCAGCUGAAGGCGCAAAUGAAAGCUCAGAUAAUGGGUCCUGCUGCUGUGACUGCAGCCGCAGCAGCAGCAGCAGCAGCAGCAACAGCAACAGCAGCAACUGCGACGGGUGCAGGGCCUUAUGCCCUAGCUGCGUCGACCAUUGGGCCUGCCUCUGCUGCAACGCAGAAUGCCCCAAAGGCCAACCUGAGCAGGCAGAAAGCAGGAGCCCAGCAAAAGCCCCCUGCUGCUGGCAGCGGUAAAGUUCUGGGAGGUUCUAUAGCUGCUGGUUCUGCUGCUGCCGCUACAGCUGCUGCCAUGGCUAUCUUAGCGUCUGGCAAGGAAGGAGGGGAUAAGAAGACGGGUUCAGGUGCUAAGGGAGGGCCAGCAGGAGCAGCAGCCGUAAAAGGUGGAUCAGCAACCCAGCCUGCUUCUUCUGCUGCUGCAGACACAUCCAAGGCUGCUGCUGGUGUGACACCUACUGUCGCUGGUGGUCCAGGCUCGACAAGAGGUCCGGGCCGAGGUUCGGGAGCAGGUUCGGCACGAGCCGCAGCUGUGCCCAAGCCUCCAACGCCCCCUCCGCCCCCCACUCCUGCUGCCAUUGCUGGUGCUGUUGUGGCUGCUGCUGGGAAGUCUCUAGGGUUUGGGGCACUUAUUCGUGCUGCUGUAGCUAAAGACAAGGGUAUGGGGGAUGCUGCAGUGGGGGGUGUUGCAGGGGGGGGGUUUGCAGGAGAGAGGGAGGGGUUUAGCGCCCUGAUGCGGUCUGUAGUGGGGGGUGCGGUGGGAAGCGGUGCGGCUGUUGAAGAGAUCGUUGUGGGCGGUGCGGUAGGGGAGGGUGUGGAUGGGUCAAGAGCAGCAGCGGCAGGGGGUGCACGAGGAGCAGGAGGGGUAGCAGGAGGAGCAGGAGGGCCGGCAACCGAAAGGAAAGUGGGAGGAACAGAAGGGGCGGAUACAGGAGGAACUGCAGGAGGAGCAGCAAGAGGGGAAAUAGGAGCACCAGGGGCAACAGGAGGGUUAGGGGCGCUAGGAGGGGUAGGAAGAGCACCGGCAGCAGCAGCAGCGCCAGGAGCAGCAGCAGCAGCAGCAAGAAGGGAGGUUAUAAGCCGCAUGAGUCAGGAGCAGGUGCGGGCGGCGCUGCGGCAGGUGCGGUUUGGGGUGGACGUGCAGGGGCUCAUGAGAGAGGAGGUGGGGCGCAUGGUGCGGGCCAACAGGGAUGCGCGGCUCAGAGAGAUCGACCGGCUGCUGGGGGGUGCUCCUGCUGGUCAUGCCCCUGCUGCUCCUGGCUAUACAUUGGAGUUGACUGAAGAGUUGUCUUCUGGGGAUACUCCUUUCCCUGUGUUUCCCCCUCCUUCCGAGCCGAUUUCUCUAGCUGAUUCCCCCCCCGCUCCUGCUUGUGACAAGGACCUGCCGCCGCUGCUGCCGCUGGCGGCAGACGGAGGGGAGGACGGGAGGGAGGAGAGAGGAGCGGAAGGUGCGAAGGGGGGGCAGGGAGGGAGCGAUAACAAGUCAAAUGCUGCUGCCAGUGGGGCUGCGGCGGCUGCUGCGGCUGCUGCUGCUGCUGCUGCUGGGUCUGAGGUGGUGCUGACGCCCAGGGAUCGCCUCAGACUGCAAAUCCACCAGAAAAUGCUUCGACUCUCAGACUUUCAGGCAAAGGUGCGUCAGGAGCUGAUUGAGGAGGAGCAGGAAAUACAAGCCAUGCCAGACCGCCCCUACCGCUCCUUCCUGCGCUGGGCGCACCGCCAGCGCGCCGACAUCGCAAAAUCCCACGCGCUAUCCCGCCGUGCCGCCCGCGACCGCCUCCUCAAGGCUGUCUUCGCUGCCCGGCGCCAGAUCCUCGCCGACCGCCAGCUGGCGGCGCGCGACGGGCGGGCGGCGCGGAACCGGCACGUAGUGCGAUUCCACGAGCAGGCCGCGAGGGAGGCGGCGAGGAGGCGAGAGGAGGAGCGGCAGCGGCGGGUGGAAAUGCUUUUAAAGAGUAACGAUAUGGAUGCUUAUAGGGCGAUGUUGGAGGAGGAGAAGGGGAAGGCGGGGGUGGGGAAGGGGGCGAAGGAGCGGUUUGAGAUGCUGAGCUCGUUUCUGGGGCAGACAGAGGAGUAUUUGAGGAAGCUCGGGGGGAAGAUCAGUGCUGCGAAGAGCGUGCAAGAGAUCGAGGAGGCUGCUGUGGCUGCUGCUGCUGAGGCCAGAGAAAAGGGCAUGGGGGAGGAGGAGGUGGAGGCGUAUGUGCAGAGGGUGGUGGCAGGCCUGUCUCGCAGGGAUGGUCCGGAGAUGGAUGGGGAUGGUGGAGAGACAGGGGCGGCUGCCGUGUCCAAGUAUUACAAGCUGGCCCAUUCGGUUUCAGAGACCAUCACCCACCAGCCAUCCAUGCUGCGGAUGGGCACACUCAGGGAGUACCAGAUGGUGGGCCUGCAGUGGAUGGUCUCGUUGUACAACAACCGGCUCAACGGCAUUCUGGCAGACGAAAUGGGUCUGGGGAAGACAGUGCAGGUCAUGGCACUAAUCGCCUAUCUCAUGGAGCACAAGAACAACUACGGCCCGCACCUCAUCAUUGUCCCCAACGCGGUGCUCGUGAACUGGAAGUCAGAGCUGCAUGCCUGGCUGCCCUCUGUCUCAGCUGUGUUCUACGUGGGGGGGAAGGAGCAGCGCGCCAAGCUGUACGCCAAGGAGGUAGCCCCAAUGAAGUUCAACCUGCUGGUGACCACCUUUGAGUUUAUCAUGCGCGAUCGUGCCCGCCUCUCCCGCGUGGACUGGCGCUACCUGGUGAUCGACGAGGCGCACCGCAUGAAAGACAGAGAUUCAAGGCUGUCAAGAGACCUGGACAGGUUCAGAGUGCAAAGGCGACUCCUGCUCACUGGCACGCCACUGCAGAACGACCUGCGGGAGCUCUGGUCGCUCCUCAAUCUGCUCCUGCCGGACGUGUUUGACUCCAGCAAGGUCUUCAACGAUUGGUUCGCCUCGCCCUUCCAAAAAGACACCAAAGGAGGAGGAGGAGCGGGAGGGGGUGCGGCGGGUGCGGGAUCAGCAGCAGCAGACGAGCUGGACUGGCUGGAGACCGAGAAGAAGGUGAUCGUGAUUCACCGGCUGCACCAGAUUCUGGAGCCUUUCAUGCUCCGCCGCAUGGUGCAAGACGUCGAGGGCAACCUCCCCAAGAAGACCUCUGUGGUGCUCCGCUGCCCGCUCUCCGCCUGCCAGGCUGCGAUCUACGACUGGGUCCGGGCCACAGGUACGCUGCGGACCGACCCUGAGCAGGAGGCUCGGCGGGUGGCGGCGGGGAAGAGCAGCGGGAGCACGGUGCAGAGGAGUGUGCGGGAGUUUGUGCCGGUGCAGAACCGGUGCAUGGAGUUACGGAAGGUGGUUAAUCACCCGUUUCUGACCUACACCUCGUAUGACCUCACAGUUUCUGCCCCUGCUACCGCUGCUGGUGGUGGUGCUGGUAGUGGUGGUGCUGCUGGUGCUGGUUCCGAUUCUGGUGCUGCUGCUACUGGAGACAGAGGGGAAUUCUAUGAUGCUCCAGGCGGUGGUAACCCCGGCGGUUACACUUUCUACAGCCCAGAUGUGAUCGUGCGCACGUGCGGCAAGUUCUAUAUCUUAGAUCGAGUCCUGCUUAAACUGCACCGCACGGGCCACCGGGUGCUACUAUUCUCGACUAUGACCAAGCUACUAGACCUUUUAGAAGACUAUUUGAGGUGGAGGCGCCUUAACUACUGCCGGAUAGAUGGCUCCACGCCUCUAGACGCCAGGGAGGCUGCUAUUGGCGAGUUUAACAAGGCCGGGUCGGAGAAUUUUAUCUUCUUGCUGAGUAUUCGGGCGGCGGGGAGGGGGCUGAAUCUUCAGAGUGCGGAUACGGUGGUGAUAUAUGAUCCGGACCCGAACCCUAAGAACGAGGAACAGGCGGUGGCUCGGGCGCAUAGAAUCGGGCAGAAGAGGGAGGUUCUGGUGAUGUACCUUGAAGCGGUUACAGAUGCUACUGCAGCGUACUGUAAAGAGGAUGAGAUUGAGAGGGGAGGAGGGGUGGGGGGAGAGGGGGAGGGGGGUGGAGGGGGGAGGAGAGAGGGGAGAUGUAGGAAGAGGAAGAGGGGAGGCCACUCUCCCCGCUCACCCCCAGCAGCAGCAGCAGCAGCACGGGGAGGAAAAGCAGCAGGAGCAGGGGGGGAUGCGAGUACAAGAGGGGGAGGAGUAGGAGGAAGGGGGAGAGGAAGGGGAGGAAGGGGAGGAAGGGGAGGAGGGGGAGGAAGAGGGGAAGGAAAAGGAGGGGGAGGAGGGGGAGGAAGAGGGGAAGGAAAAGGAGGGGGAGGAGGAGAAGGUGGGUCGCGGUACUUAGGGUCGAUCGAGACGCUGGUUCGCACCAAGAUUCAGCAGCACAAGAUUGAGAUGGCAGACGAGGUGAUCAACGCUGGGCGGUUCGACCAGCGCACGACGCAGGAAGAGAGACGGAUAACUCUUGAGGCGUUACUAAAGGAUGUAGAGCGGUACCAGGAGGCGGUUCCCGAUGUACCCUCCAUGCGCGAGGUAAACCGCAUGAUUGCCCGGGGGGAUGCUGAGCUGGCGCUGUUUGAUAGGAUGGACGAGGAGGAGGAGUGGCCGCGACUGGUCGAGGAUCCAUGGGAGGUGGUGACGUGGCUGAGGGCGAACUCGAGGCAGGUGGCUGUGGCCGCGGCUACCACUGCCAAGCCUGCGCUUCGGAAGCGGAGGAAGGUGGCAAUUGAGGAAGAGGGAGGCUUGGAAGGAGGUUCGGCCAAGGCUGUCGAGGUGGGGGGUUGGAAGGAGGGAGAGGGAGCGGGGGAGGGGGAGGAAGAGGACGAGGAAGAAGAAGGGGAGUUCAAGAGAGGGGAGGGUGGGGAGGAGGAUGGGGUGCGUGUGCUCGAAGAGGGAGUGGGAGGACAAGGGGAGGAGGGUGGUGAUGAGGAGGAGGAAGAGUUGAAGGGGCAAGUGGGUGAGAGGGGGGUGGAAGAGAGGGAGGAAGAGGAAGAGGAGGGAGAGAAAGAGGAGGGAGAGAAAGAGGAGGGAGAGAAAGAGGAGGGAGAGGGGGAGGUGGGGGAUCGGGAAGGGGAUGGCGUGGAUGGAGUGGAGGGAGUGGAGAGAGAGGAGGGAGAGGAGGGAGAGGAGGAAGAAGUGCAGUAUGUGAGAGAGAGUGGUAGGAGGGAGUUAUGGGAGAGGAAGAGGGAGUUUGAGGAGGUUGAAAGAGUUGAGGAGCAGGGGAAGAGGAGGAUGGGUGAAGGGGAGGAGGAAGUGGUAUUGGAGGGGGAGGAAGAGGAGGAAGAGGAGGAAGUGGAGGGGAUAUGGGUCGAUGGCGAUAGUGAGAGGGUUGGGGGAGAGGCUGGGGAGUUUGCAGCAGCAGAGAGGGCGGGUAAGGGGGGAAGGAAAAGGGGAGGGCAAAGAGGGAAAGAGUUGCGGAAGAGGGGGGGCGAAGAGAUGGUGGAAGGUGAGAGGUUUGUAGGGGAAAGGAAGAGAGGAGGGAAGCGAAAGCACAGAUUUAAGCUCUCUAAGGGGAGGGAUGGCAGGCUGAAGCUCUCAAAAGGACCCGGCAGGGAGCUCAAUAAAGGGGAUGGGAGGGAGGGGAGCGAUGGGGAUGGGGGGGGCGGGAAGGCAGGAGGGGAGAGGCUGGGAGUGCAAGGAGCAAAGGCGAAGGAACGAAGGGCCGAGCGGGAUGAUGAUCAGGAGGAGGAAGAGGAGAAGAAGAAGCAGCAUCGGCAGCGCCACCACCACCACCAUCAGAAGGUUGAUGAGGAGGAGGAGGAGAAGGAGGGGGAGAAGAAGAAGAAGCAUCGGCCGCAGCAGCACCACCACCACCACAGCCAUCAGCACAAGCACGGCCAUCGAGGCACAGAUACGCAUGUGAUGGCGUUUGGGCAAGAGUAUGGAGAGAAGUUUGGGAAGGAAGAAAAGCCUGGGAAGGAGGGUGGGCAUGGGAGGGGGGGCUCACAUGUGCAUCAGGGGAAGGCAGAGCAGCAUCCGCACCGGCGCAAACGCAGCGGCAGUCUUGGGAAGGGAGUGGAGAGUGAGAGGAGGGAAGGAGAGAGAGAGGUGGAAACUAUAGGUCCGGGUGUGGUAAGCGGUAGAGAAGGGAAGGCGGAAGUGGUGGUAAAGGGAGGAUGGGAGGAGCAGGACGAGAAGGGGUUGGCGCAUAAGUCACAUGUGCCAGGGAAGGGGUUAGCUCAUAAGUCACAUGUGCCAGGGAAGGGGUUAGCUCAAAAGUCACAUGUGCCAGGGAAGGGGUUAGCUCAAAAGUCACAUGUGCCAGGGAAGGGGUUAGCUCAAGAGUCACAUAUGGUAGCUGGUAAAUGGGAGCAGCAAAGCGAGAACGAGACUUAUAACGAGUCUAAGAGCGAGCCUAAUAUUGAGUUGGCUUCUAAAGGGUCUGGUGUGGUACUGCCAAGUCCUAGGGCGAGGAAGCAGAGGAGUAUGGCAAGCCUACGAGGGAAGGGGAAGAAGAUGGCUCAAGUGCAGGCCGAAUAUGCUUUUGAGUCGACUCAAGGGAAGAAGACGGCUCAAGUGCAGGGCAAAGGAGGAGUGAAGGAAGAGGGAGGGACCAGCGAGGGAAGAUGCGCCACUGCGGUGGAUAAGGAAAAGUGUGCUCUUGGCUCGUCUGCCUUCCCUUCAGCGUUACCUUCACCUUCCCCUUCCCCUGCCGCUAUCCCUUCUCCUGCCCCAUCCCCUUCGCUCCCUUCGGCCCCCUUGCAUCCUGCAAGUGCGGGUGGUGGUUCGGGGAGAAAGAGAGGACGGAAGAGGAAGCUGGGGGUGGUUGUAGAGGCAGGAAGGAUAGUUGGGAUUCGGAAGAAAAAGAAGCAUGACGCUUUGGUAAGUGCCGGUUGGGGGGUGAGGAGGAGCAGGAGCCGUUCGGACCAGCGAAUGCGUCGUGAAAGGGAAGCAGGGGGAGAGAGGACGAGGAGAGAGGAGGGAGAGAAGAUAAUGGGAGCAGAACAAGUAGCCCCCUCAAAGGUAGGGUUGGGCCGGCUGCGUCUGCCUGUUGUGACACAGAAAGAGGAGAGGGUGGAGGACGAGAGGAGAGAGGAGGAUGAGAGGAGAGAGGAGGACGAGAGGAGAGAGGAGGAUGAGAGAGGGGGGAAGAGGGAAAUCCAGCAGCAGCGGCAGCGGCAGCAGCCACAGAGGAAGGCGGUGGAAAAAGUAGUGGAAGAAGCGAAAGCAGCGAAAGCAGAGGAAACUGCCGAAAUGAAUGAAGCAGAGGCAGGCGAAGGUUUGCUGAAACGGUCGAAAAAAAGUGGGGUUUCUACCAACGGGGGCAGCAGCAGCAGCAGCAGCAGCAGCAGUGGAAGCAGUAGCAGGAGUAGCAGCGACAGUGAGAAGGGGCCAAGUGACCCUGGCAAAAAGGGUACCAACAGCAGCAGCAGCAGCAGCAGCGGCGGCAGCAGUGACAGCACUAGCAGUAGCAGCAGCAUUGGUGGUGGUGGUGAUGGUGGUGGUGGUGAUAGCAGCAGGGAGAGGUCAGAAAGGGAAGCUGGGUGGAGGAAGGAGGUUGCAGGGAUGAAGUCAAGGAAAGGAGAAGAUGAGUUGGAGAGGGGAGUUUUGGGAGAAGGGUUUGGCGCUCUUGCUGCUGCUGCUGGAAUAGGGGAGUAUGGAGAAGUGGAGAUGCAAGAGAGGGGGCAUGGGGAGGAGGAGGAGGAGGAGGAGGAGGAGGAGGAGGAGGAGGAGGAGGAGGAAGUGGGAAGGGAGGAGGCAGCAAAGGAUGGAUUGGGGGUGGUUGAAGAAGGAAAGGAGGACGAGGAAGAUAGGUGCAUUUUGAGUCGACUCAAAAAGGAGGACGAGGAAGAUAGGGGAGCGAGUGAAAAAACCCUGGAGAUCAGACCAGGCGUUGUGUCUGUUAAGGAAGGGUUGGAGGGUGGCGAGGGUAGGGGUGGAUAUGGCUGGGAGCGGGAGGGAUUCAAGCACGGAGCAGAGGAGAGGCAGGAGAAGCGUGGGAUGACUUCUGAGUCGACUCAGAUGUCAGGAUGUGGCUGGGAGCAGCAGGGAUUGGGGCACGACGAAGAGGAGAGGGAAGAGAAGCACGCGGGAGGGUUUGACGAGAGGAGGGAGGGUGGGGCAGAGCAGGAAGGGCAGAGGAGGCUCGAGGGCGUGAAGGGCAAUAAAGAGGAAACACCGGUGGAGAUUCAUGCGAGAGAGGCACGAGGGUAUGGCGAAGAGCCAGCUGUUAAAGAGAGGGUAGAGAGACCGGAGGAAGUUGUGGGAAGAGGUGGACAAGGGGUACAAGUGGAGAAGGGGGAGGAGGUAGGGGAUAGGGAAGAGAGAGGGAGAGUGGUGGAGAUGGAGGGUGUUGGCAUAGGGUCAAGUAAGGAGAUUGCGUACGAAGUAGGGUUGAGUACUGAGCAUGGGAAGAGAGAUCGGGGCAGGGAGAGUGGCCGGGAGAGUGGCCGGGAGAGUGGCCGGGAGAGUGGCCGGGAGAUUGGCCGGGAGAGUGGCAGGGCUAGUGAGGGUGAUGAUGGUGUGAUGGCGGAUGGGAAGAGAGUGUUAGAAACACGUGGAAGGAGCGAGGAGAGGAGGAAGGAGAAUGAUAUUAGAGGCAGGGAGAAGGAAAGGGAGAGAGAGCGGGAGAGAGAGCGGGAGAGGGAGUGGGAUAGUAGGGAAGAGGAGAGGGCGCGGGAGAAGGAGAGGGAUGAACAGAGAGAGAGGGAAAGGGCGAGAGGAAGUGAGAGCGAGAGGAGAAGGGAGGGUGAGGAGGAAGAGAGGAGGAAGAGUGAGAGGGAAAGGGAGAGAGAGGCGGUGAGGGAAAGGCAGGAUCGCACAACUGGCCGGGAAAAAGAGAGGGAUAUGCCGGAGAAUCGGGGAGACAGAAGAGACAGAAGCGGUGAUGUUCGUGGGAGAGAGAGUGAGAGACGAGGGGAUGAGGGGCACUUGGAAAGGGGAAGGGAGAGAGGAAGAGAGAGAAGCAGAGGAAGGGAGAGGAGGGAGAGCGAGCAAAGGGAGGAGAAGGGAGGGCGAGUUAGUGGUGAGGGGAACAGAGAUGGGAAAGGGCGGUGGAGUGAGAGAGAAAAGAGCAGGGAAGAGGGGGGGGUGGGAGGUAGUGUAGAACGCAGGAGAAGAGGGGGAGAAGGGGAGAAGCAUGAGGAGCAAGAAAGGGGAGGGGAAAGGAAGCAAGAAAGGGGAGGAGAGGGAGUGGAAGGGAGGACACGGAGGAGUGAUGAGUUCUUUCCAAGACAAGACUCGAAGGGACGAGGGGAGGGACGGGAGGAGGGGAGGGGGAGAGGAGAAAAGGAGGGCGUGCUAAGGCGAGAGGGGGAGGGACGGGAGGAGGGGAGGGGGAGAGGAGAAAAGGAGGGCGUGCUAAGGCGAGAGGGGGAGGGACGGGAGGAGGGGAGGGGGAGAGGAGAAAAGGAGGGCGUGCUAAGGCGAGAGGGGGAGGGACGGGAGAAGGUGGAGGAGGAGAGAGGAGGGAAGGAGGGUGAUAGAGGGCGGGUGGCUAUAGCUUCUCCCAUGGAGGUAGUUAAAGACGCUCUGUACAAGGAGCGCCGGCGGGGUGAGGGAUUAGGAGGGAGGAGAGAAAGUGAGGGGGGAGAGAGAAGAGGAGGUGAGGGGGGAGAAACAAGAAAGUUCGAAGGGGGAGUGUGGACGGGGCAGAGUGAGAGAGGUGGGGAGGUGGAGGAAGGGGAGGCGGAGGAAGGGGAGUGGGAAGGCGGUGGGGGGGGUGAGUGGGAGGAGGGAGAGGACAGAGGGGGAUGGGCCAGACAGGAGGGACGGGAGGGGGGAAUGGAAGAAGGGGAGAGGGGGGAGGAAGGGGAGAUGAAGGAGAGGAGCAGAAGGCAUGGGGGUCAGAGAAGCAUUGACAGGAGAGGAGAGAACAGGCAGGGGAUAAGAGAGGAAAGAGGGGGAGAGAGUGAGCGACCAUCGGAUGGUGGAGGCCGAAAAUGGGUUUGGAAGGUGCAGGAGGAGAAAGUAAUGGGUAGAGAGGGAGAAACGGAUUCCAGUCACAGAAGUGGGAGUGACAGGUUUGGUCUGCCAUCAUCGCAAUCUCUACCACUACCACCACCUCCACCACCACCACCACUGGGCCUCUUGUCUCGCGCUACGACUGACGUUUCCGGCUCUAGUUUUGGCCUCCUUGAUUUGAGGAGCCCGGGAUCUGGUUCUGGUGUCGGGUCUCCUCGGUUCCUGCCGCCUCCACCCCCGCCGCCAGGGCCACCGCCAGAGAGUGCAGUGCGGUUGAGUGCGGUGGGAAGUGGUGAAGGCAGAGGAAGAGGAAGGGGGAGGGACGGAGGGAGGGAAGGGAGGGGAAGAGGGAGAGGGGGAGGAAGGGAGGGAAUGGGGAGAGGAGGGCAAAGUGGCAGAGAGAGGCUCGAGGGGAGAGGAGGGGGAAGAGGGGGAGAGGUCGGUGGAAGGGGGGUUUCACCACCAACGGGAUUCCAAAGGAGAGAAGAGAGAGACAGGUUUGGAGUCAGUGAGGUUCGGCCUGAGAGGUUCGGUGAGGGUGAGGAGUGGGGAGACAGGUCCGGUGGGAACGAGGUUCGGGAAGACAGGUUCGGCGGCCCUCCGGGCUUCAGGUCAAGUUCGGAAGGGGGGACAGAUGGUGGAGGAGGUAGAUUCUCCACACCAGCAGCAUCACAUGCCGGCUCAGGCAUGGGGGAUGGAGGGGGGAUGAGGGGUGGGGGAGGAGGGAUGAGGGAGGAAGGAAGGGGGAUGAAACGGCAGGUAGAAGCCACAGGUUCGGCAGCAGGCUCUGGAUCACAUUCAGGGUUGGGGGGUCCAGGAAUGGGGGUUCCUCAUCCUCCUCCCCCACCUCUACCACAUCAGCAUCCCUUUCACGCUCCCACUUCCUCUCACCCUUCUUCCCUGCCUGCUCCAUCCUCCGGACCUAUUUCUGGUUCGGCCGGACCUGUGCAUCCCACCGGACCAAGGCAUUCUUCUGGCCACCCUCUCCCCCCCGGACCUCCUACCGGAGCUAUGCACUCUGGGGGACCUAUGCAUUCCACUGGACCUAUGCAUUCCGCUGGACCUCCUCGCCCCGGGCCUCCACCUGCUGCUGGACCUCCGGCCGGACCUGUGGUUCGGAAAUGCGCCGACAUGCUCAUGCAGUUCAACGCCUCCCUAGAUAGCAGAGGCCAGAGGAUCGGCGAAUACCUGCAAGACAGCUCAGCAACAACUAGAGACGGCGGGAGGAGAAAGGUUGUUUUCGGGGGGUUACCAGUCGGUGGUGCAGGUGUUUGAAGAUGUGCGGAGGGUUGUGGAGGGGUACUUGCGCUGGCACAAGGGCACCAGAGAGUUAUCACUGGAGCUGCAUCACUUUCUCCGCAUCUUCUUCCAACAGCUAACUGCUGCCUUUCCCGACGCUGACUGGCAGUCCGUCUCUGCCGGACCACAUUCCGGACCACACGCCGGACCUCACGCCGGACCUUACGCCGGACCACAUGCCGGACCUCACUCCGGACCUCAUGGUCCCCCCCACGGUCCCCCAACUCAUUCUCCCCACGCCCCACCCCACCCCCCUCCCCAAGGCCCACCGCACCCGUCCCCUCACCCAUCCCCUCACCCUCCGCCGCACAUGCUCCCACACCCAUCCCCCCAUCCCCCACACCCUUCCCCUCUAUCCACACCCCACGGCCCCCA